GAAGAGCAAGAGGAAGAUGAAGAGGAUGAAGAGGAUUACGACAAUGGUGACUAUUAUGAUGAUGAUUAUGACGAUGAAGAUGAUUUAGGCGUUAUCUAGGCAGUUUAUGUAACGUAGAUGAACAAAUAUGGUAAAGGAAGAAAACAUAAAAGAGAGGGAUAAAAAAUGGGAAAGUUCAAAGAAGGAAGAAAAUGGGUGUUGAUAAAUAUGAUAAUAGCAAUGAUGUUUAUGAUGAUAACACCCAUUACAAAGGCAAUAGAUACAAAUCCAGUACAUGAUCCAUGCACUGAUACAAAGGUGCAAAGAUGGGAUGGCUUUACAUUCGGCCUGGCGUUUUCGUCGAAAGAAUCGUUCUAUGCUCCUGAUCAAGUCCAAUUAUCUCCUUGUGACAGUCGUCUUCAGCUUGUUAACAAAGCUCAGUUGGCCGUCUUCAGGCCUCGAGUCGACGAGAUCUCCCUACUCACUAUCAACUCCACCUUCAGCCCUGAUACAUCAGGUGGAUAUAUGGUGGCUUUUGCUGGAAGAGCAUAUGCUGCAAGAUCACCACCAGUUUUUGUUGCAGAUAGUACCAAUAUAGUAACAUCAUUUACUCUUGUACUUGAAUUUGAAAAGGGUAUUUUGCAAAAUUUGUACUGGAAAAAGUUCGGAUGUGAUUCAUGUAAAGAUUAUCACAUAUGCAAAGAUAACCAAGAGUGUGCAGUGCCAACCUCAAAGUGCAAAGACAAGGGUGGUCCAAUUGACUGUACAAUUAGCAUCCAGCUAACCUUUUCAGGCACAGACAGGAACAGCGAGGUGCUUAACUCAUGGUACGAGAUGAAAAACAUGAGGCGUUUCUCCCUACUCGACCUGUUUUCCAGCCUUCAGAAUUCAUUUACCAAUGGUUUCUUCUAAGCUUGGCAGAGCCAUAUCAAAAGAUUGGGAAACUAAAGUUAUUUGUCGCAAAAGAAGUUUAAUUUUCAGAUGUAGUACAUUUAUAAGUGAAAUCAAAUUCUCCAAUGCAAGUAACAUACAAACAUCUCUUGAAAUGUUCAUAAUAUAACUUACAAGUGAAUGCAGCAAUAAGACA